UGUGCCCGCCUUGCUGGGAAUGGAGUACCCAGACCCCAUGGGAUCAGGUCUCAGUGUACCUGUUUUGGGAUGUGGGACUGACCUUGUAUCAGGCAGGACGAUACCACUGGCAGGGACCAUGGAAGACCCGGAUGGCAGAGGUCUGGUGGCGAUCAAAUAUGCCUCUCAGGCAGUUGACCCAGUCACGGGCAUUUUAGCUCCAGUGGUUGGCGCCAGGUUGGAUGUGCUUAAGAGCACAGUUGUACCUGUCACAGCCUCCUACUGGCUCGCAAUGACGGCUCAAAGUGACAGCGUUCAGGUGGAGGCUCUGGAUAGAGAGGCGUGCGCACGAAAUACUUACUGGCAGCAGCAGGGCCAGCAGGAGGAGGGCGUCCUCUCUGAUGUGGACUCGGCUCUGUUCCAGUGUAUUGUCACGGAACACGGCGGCCACCAGGUCCAGUGGUCAGGGAGGUCGCUGAGGGAGGCAGCUGUGGAGAUGCACGACUCAGCGCAGGCCGAGGCCCAGAGGAGAACCGCCCAGCGUGCCAGCUUGGCUCUCAUUCUGCCUCCACAUGUACUCAACAUCCUGACACUGGUGGAUGAGGAGGAGUGGGAUCAGCACUGUGUUUGGUUCGCGGAGUUGCUGUCAGUCCUAAACAUGAUGGACGUUUGCAUGGAGCAGCUGCAACAAGACCAGGAGAAAUGGAGCACACAAAGAGUAGAGUGGACCGCAAGCUUCCAUGUGAUGGACAAAGAACUGAGACUGAGAGAAAUGUGGGGGCAGUGUUCUUCCCGACUGUUUGAUUUGGAUGUCACGCUCGUUAAACUGCAAUGUGUUAGACAUCUCUCUCAGCUCCGUGGAGACACAGCUCAGGCAGUGUUGCGUGGGAACUUCUGGUUCAAGGAAUACGGUCUGAUUCGCUUCUGUCGCCACAGACCGGCUAUAAACAUCUUGAGUUUGCUCCAACAGAAGAUUUUACCUCUGCUGGAGAGAAUGAAACAACAAGUCACUGUCACCACUAACACCUGUCAUCAAUUUGGUACUGAGCUGCAGCCAGACAGAGGAGUCGCCAACCGAUCUUUGAGGCAAUCAGUUCAGUCGCAGGACACGGAUUUGCAGACUAGUUCUGCACAUGACUCACAGAAACAAAGCUGCACUGGCAUUCAAGAGUGUGCUCCAUACAGUCACAUCUCUCUCCCGACAAUGCCAGAGGAGGAGUGGACCAAGCUGCUAGAACUUUCUCCUCUUUUCCGGCUGCUGAAGAGGGUGGAGCUACAACUGAGACAUGGAGCCCCAAGGGGAUGGCUCCUUGGAGGAGGACUCACUGACAACUGUUUAGUAGACGUCCUGGAAUGUCAAUGGGAAUGUGAGGGAGAGUUGAUCCCACUGGACCCAUCUGUCCUCGAGCCCAGAGAAUUAUUGGUGUACCAGCACGGACUUUCCCUGAUGCGCAGCUUGCAUUGCCUGCAUCUGACUGCAGACGUUUCUCUGCACAUCGCUGCCAGUCUUCCCAAAAACAACUACCACAAUAACGCCUUCAGAAAUUCCUUCUUUUAUCAGGAAGCAGAUAAGACGCUCUUUGUUCGCCGCCAGAGACUCCAAUCAGUCGGAGGCUUUUCCCUGCUGCUGCUCCACUGUUUGUCCCAUGUCGCCAUCAAGGACUUGACCACUGACUACUCCCCUGACUUUCAGAGAUACUAUUGCCAGGUCCUGCAGGCGUGUCUCGGGGAGCUGUUUCAGCCCAAACUGGGCUUGGAUUCCUGCCCAACGGAAGCCGAUUGGUUGGAUGUUGAUCCUCCUCAGGGACAUUUGAAGGGCACUCCGUCUGGAUGUGGGAGCGCCUGCCUCUCUCAACAUGAUGUUGAAGAAGUUGGGGGCAAACACAGAGAAAUGUCUGUCUUAGCCCAUCUCGAAGGGGUUUUAAGGAAAAGAAUCUUAGCAGCAGAGGAAGGACAACAGCAGGCCAAAGGGAGCUGCAGGCCUUUCGCAGAUGAGAACAAGAAGAUGUGAUAUGUCCCAGCC